UCAGAGGAAACGAGGGAAGACAAGAAGGGGGAAAAAGCCGUGGAGAGGGAGGAGGAAUGAGGCUCGAACACUGUGCGCAAGUGUGCAAGGCAGAAAAGCGAGUGAGCGAGCAAGCGAGAGAGAGAGAGAGAAACAGCACUGAUGAUCGACGCCAGGCUGCCACCACUCUGUAGCGGUGAGUGGCUGCCAACGACGAAAGCUUCAGAAUAACAUCCCUGGCUUUCCUGCUCGUCGUUUCUCUCUGCCACUGCCUGCCUGCGUCGUUAGCUGGCUGCUCGGGACGCCCAGAGCCUAUAGGAGAAGAGCAACACUCUGAUCGCUGCAGUGGGCUGUGUUGCCACCACACCACGGACCGACUAACCCAACGGCUCCCUGCCUGCCAUCAACAAGUUAGGGACUGGACGGUGAAGGGAAUGACCCACCCCCAACCAAGAGGGGCACCAUUUGAUCCUCAAUUAACCAAUUGAGCUGACAUCAUUGCAGUGGAAGACGAAGGAACCAACAAAAAGCAGGGGAGGGGGGGUGGGGGGGGGGGGGUUGAACAGCAGCGAGUGCCAGGGCGCUUUGGAUACAAAUCAGCAACCUUAAAAAAUAUAUAUAAACUAUUGAUAAAAUAAAAUGCACCCUUCUUUUUUUGUUGGAUAAAUGUGGGAUUAAACGACACAAGGAAAGAAUAAACGAAUAGAAACCGACAACAUCGACAUGGGAUUUGUGAUUUUGUUUCAAUCGGGAGGGCUUAAGAGCAACGCCGCCACUUCACCACUUCAGGAAGAGAAGAGCCCGGGUCCUUUUGUGAUUUCUACUCAAAAGGGCUUUUCUAUCCUCCCUUUGGAGUCGUGUUGCGUCUGGCUGCUUUGGGAGUCCGCUGUGGAAAGGACAGUUGAAUGCAGCCUCCGCCGUGCACAAAAGAAUGGGUUUCCAUUCAAGGUGGCCAUUGGUGGGACCUGCACCAACGGCAUUGUGCCUGUGUGUGUUCAGCAUGCUGCUGUGCCUGCCGUCUCCUGCGUCAUGCACAACCUGCCCCCAGAAAUGCCGCUGCGAAGACCAGCAGUUCUACUGCGACACCCAAGGACUGGAGGCGCCCCCGGACGGCGUUGACAGGGGGGCCCUGGGGUUAUCACUCCGCCACAACAGCGUCGCUGAACUGAGCCCGGACCAAUUCUAUGGCUUCUCCCAGCUCACCUGGCUCCACCUGGACCACAACCAGAUCACCACGGUGCAGGAGGACGCCUUCCAGGGGCUCUACAAACUCAAAGACCUCAACCUGAGCUCCAACCGGAUCACAACGCUGCCAAACACAACCUUCAUCCACCUCAUCAACCUACAGAUCCUGGAUCUGUCCUUCAACCUGAUGACUGCGCUGGAGCCUGAGCUGUUCCAUGGCCUCCGCAAGCUGCAGAUCCUCCACCUGCGCUCCAACUCGCUGCGCACCACCCCCGUCCGGGCCUUCUGGGACUGCCGCAGCCUGGAGUACCUGGGUCUGUCAAACAACCGGCUGCGAAGCCUGGCCCGGAACGGCUUCGCUGGCCUCAUUAAACUCCGAGAACUCCACUUGGAACACAACCAGCUGACUAAGAUCAACCUGGCUCAUUUCCCGCGCCUGGUGGCUCUGCAGUUUCUUUAUCUACAGUGGAACAAGAUCUUCAACCUGACCUGCAACAUGGAGUGGACCUGGACCACGCUGGAGAAGAUGGACCUAACGGGGAACGAGAUCCGGGUGCUGACCCCGGACGUGUUCGAGACGCUGCCCAACCUGAAGAUCCUCCUAUUGGAUAACAACAAGCUAGGCAGCCUGGACCCUCUGGUCUUGGAUAUGUGGCGGUCUCUAGGUACCGUGGGGCUGUCCAGCAACCUUUGGGAAUGUACCAAAGGGAUCUGCUCCCUGGCCACUUGGCUUAGCACCUUCAAGGGGAGGUGGGAACACUCCAUCCUGUGUCACACCCCCGAGUACGCCCAGGGCGAGGAGAUACUGGAUGCCGUUUAUGGAUUCCAACUUUGUCUGAAUUUUACGGCGCCGCCACCUGUCGUCUUGACCACAACCACUUUGUCAACGAUCACGGACUCGUCGACAGGCACGACGGCGGAGGUCACCAGCUCUCUGUUCGGAGUAAUGAAGCAGACACCCACACAGGGCUACUACGGGGAUUUGGGGCGCUUUACGACCGUAACGACAACGACCGCCGCGCCGCGCACCGCCCUGGCAACCACGGUGGAGGGCGGGGGUGGAGCGGUAGUGGGAGUCCCCGAGGACUUCUCGGAGACGGACAACACGGUCCUAACCCAGAGGGUGAUCAUCGGAACGAUGGUUCUUCUGUUUACCUUCUUCCUCAUCAUUUUCGUUGUGUUCAUCUCACGGAAGUGCUGCCCUCCUACCAUGCGCAGGAUACGCCAGUGCUCGGCCAUGCAGAACCGCCGCCAGAUGAGGACCCAGCAGCGGCAGCAACUGGCGGACCUGGCCACGCAGGUACCCUAUAACGAGUACGAGCCCAGCCACGAGGAGGGAGCGCUGGUUAUCAUCAACGGCUACGGGCAGUGCAAGUGUCAACAGCUGCCUUACAAAGAGUGUGAAGUAUAAACUAUGUAUUUUCCCUGCAGCAGCAGCAGCAUAUGGGCUGUUGACCAUUUCAAACAAUACAGAGUUUGUUUCUUGCUCCCCCCCCCCCCAGUUUAUACAACAACAAAAUACUUUCUACUCGUUAGCUCUGAGAAAUCAAUGCGAUUAGUAUAUUAAGUGGGAGAGUUGAUGCCUGGUGGGUGGGUGGAAUGGACAGCGAAGAGACUGAUGAUGAGGAUGUAGUAGGAAUAGUCACCAUUUAUUUUUAUAUGAAUGCAAGAUUGUUCAUAUCAGAUGGCUGUGGGCAAAUCAGUCUCCACAGGAAGAAGAGAAGAAGAAAAACCCCGGUAGACAGAUGUGUCACCACAUUACUAUCAGUCACUAUGUUCCACAGCACCAGAGAGAAGAAGAUGACAUCUUUAGCCAAGGUGUCUGGAGACUAAUCCCUCUUUACUACGAGACGGUAAGGCUACAGGUACAUGGUCCAUAUCAUUUCCAAGGGGGACAUUCGAUUAUGAUGAAAUGUUUGUGUUUUUUUUAAAGAUGCGCAGUAGCCACAGUCUGUCACCAUCACAAACACUUGUUGGUACAGUAGCGAGUAUAUAAAAGGGGUUAUUCAAUUAAAUGAUUUUUUUUUGUUGUCACAUUUGUUCUUUUUUUUUUUUGUAAAUUUACUAUGAAUAUUGAAUAAAUGUUUAUUUAUGUCACAAUCUGAAUUAAAUCUCCAAUGGAAAAUUGAAUCUAAAACAUUACUUUGUUGCAAUUGAUGUUCCAUAAAUGUUCCUCCCUCUGGAUCCAAACAGGACCUUUCCAUUCUGGUCCUUGAACACUCAUUAGCCUUUUUGUCUUAAUUUGAUUCGAUGAAGUCCAUUGCCAAGCCAUCUAAAAGCUUAGCCCUGUACGUGUGGGAAUGUCCCAGCAUGCCCCAGUACCUGCUUAGCCCUGUACGUGUGGGAAUGUCCCAGCAUGCCCCAGUACCUGCUUAGCCCUGUACGUGUGGGAAUGUCCCAGCAUGCCCCAGUACCUGCUUAGCCAAAUCGUCUACAGUAUCUAUGACAUGUGGAGAUGUAUCAGACCAUGUAAACACUUCCCCGUCAUCAGCCACACUAUAGUAUUAAAGAGAUUAGUGUAACGAUGUGUGGACAGAUACCAGCAUGCUCGCUGACAGAAACUGGUAGCCACAGCGUAACCUUUUUCUACUGCAAUAGUUCACCAGGAGCCAGACACACUCGGUAGAAGUGUUUUUUGGAGAGGUAGUAUCAGAUAUCUAAGCUAGUACAGAGAGAGAUUAAUGACGAACAAUGAAAAACCCAUUCUGCUCUGCAGUCUCUCUCCCUCUCAUGCCGAAAAUACAUUUGUCCCAGGAGGAGUCCCAGUCGUAUUAGAGCUCCCAGCUAGCCAAGCCUCCAUGGAACAGCACAGACCCUAAUCAGCUCUGACAGCGUCAACAUUGAACCAAUUAAGAACAGGCAAAAAAAUAAUGUAAUAUUCUGUCUCCCACACCAGUGAUCCAAGCAAAGAUUUAGCUUGCUACUGCUGCUGCCAGUCAGUCGGCCACGCAAAAAAAACAGUCGGUACAAACAUACAUCAUCCUUCACUCAACACGGCCAACUAGGGCAUUUAUCUACAUACCACCAAUCCUGCUCUUGUGAGAGACUGUCAGGCUGACAUUUCCCUUCCUUGGAAAGAGGGGGGGGACAGGCAGAAAGG